CAGUCCCAGUUGGCGGGCAGAGGGCUGAGGACAGGACGCCCCAGAAUCAGGAGACUCCCCUCAGCAGAUAAGAUCCUGCGUCUACAGCAGCUGUUUCUUCAGAAGUUUGGCAAUUCAGGCCGGCACGAUGCGCGUGGUGGUGAUUGGAGCCGGUGUCAUCGGGCUGUCCACUGCCCUGUGCAUCCACGAGCGCUACCACUCGGUCCUGCCAUCACUGGACAUCAGGGUCUAUUCAGACCGCUUCACCCCAUUCACCAACAGCAACGUGGCUGCCGGCCUCUGUCAGGCCUACCUCGCGGACCCCAGCAACCCACAGGAAGUACAUUGGAACCAGCAGACCUUUGACUAUCUCCUGAGCCACAUCCAUUCUCCCAAUGCUGCAAACAUGGGCCUGGCCCUAAUCUCAGGCUACAACCUCUUCCGUGAAGAUUUUCCGGAUCCGUCCUGGAAGGACACAGUUCUGGGAUUUCGGAAGCUGACCUGCAGAGAGUUGGACAUGUUCCCUGAUUACAGCUAUGGCUGGUUCAACACAAGCCUGAUUGUGGAGGGGAGGCGGUAUCUACCAUGGCUGACUGAAAGGUUAACUGAGAGGGGAGUGAAAUUCUUCCAGCAGAAAGUGGAGUCUUUUGAGGAGGUGGCAAGAGGAGGUGCUGAUGUGAUUAUCAACUGCACUGGGGUGUGGGCUGGGGCAUUGCAACCAGACCCUCUACUGAAGCCAGGCCGGGGACAAAUCAUUAAGGUGGAUGCCCCUUGGAUGAAGCACUUCAUUCUCACCCAUGACCCAGAGAAAGGCAUCUACCAGUCCCCAUACAUCAUCCCAGGGAUCCAGGCAGUGACUCUGGGAGGCAUCUUUCAGCUGGGGAACUGGAGUGAGGUAAACAACAUCCAGGACCACAACACCAUCUGGGAAGGCUGCUGCAGACUGGAGCCCUCCCUGAAGGAUGCAAAAAUUAUUGCUGAAUUGACUGGCCUCCGGCCAGUACGCCCCCAGAUUCGGCUAGAAAGAGAAGAGCUUCGCUUUGGAUCUUUAAACACAGAGGUAAUCCACAACUAUGGCCAUGGAGGCUACGGGCUCACCAUCCACUGGGGCUGUGCCUUGGAGGCAGCCAAGCUCUUUGGGAAAAUCCUAGAAGAAAGGAAGUUGCUCAGGAUGCCGCCACCCCACCUCUGAAAACACCACCUCCCCAAGGACUCCCUACUCCCCUCAGCCAACAAAUCAAUGUACACCCCUCUAAGCUGUCACUUACUCUCCACUUCCACCCUGGCUCUUUUCUGCAAGAAGCACAAGAUGAGAGGAAAUCCAUAAGGUCCGUUCCUGGAGGCAAGUCUGGCCCUACCUGGGGCUCCCUUUGAUCACUGGAGUCUCUUUACCCACUCUGGGUCUGACAGAAUGAAGAAUAGCUGGGGGCUGACUUAUUUUAAGUCCUCAGAAGAAAGGAAAGCUCAGAAAAUCAAAGGGGCAAGCAGAAAAUUGAGGAUAAUUGAGGUUAGGUAACCUGAGGACAAAUUACAUUAACAUAUUAAAGGUUCUGAAAAGUCCUGCAGCGAAGACAUCUCUUUGAUGUUCUCUCAUCCAGUCCUAAACUUACUUGGCUAUGGAAACCUUUUUGCCCGGAGCACUGAUGCCACAGAGUACACUUGAGGGAAGGCUGUGAUAGAUCUUGUUGCAGGAAGUCACAUGCAGAGCUGGACUGUGGGGAGGCCGAACGGGUAAGGCAUUGAACUAACAACAUGAUACCCGUUCCACAUUGCUGUUGGAUUCCCAACAGCAUCAGCAACCUGCUAAAUGGCCCCAUGAGCACCAUGUGACCCCUGAGGAGGGGUCACCAGAGGGAUCAUCCCACAAGGAACCCCUUCAUAGAUAACUGAACUCACCAAGCAUAAUCCUUGUUGGGGGGGUGGCGCAAAUUUAAUGUCUCUCUUCUCUUCUGGCUGUUACCCUCUGAGAUGAAAUGGACUUCUAGAUGUUUUUGAAAGCCUUAAAUGAACCUAGAGGGCACCUUAGCAUCUUUAUCCCUAAUUAUCUGCAUCAGGCUCUGAGGUGGAAUUUGCAUCUGUCUGGGUUUUUGAGAAAGACCAGAGCCUGGAGGAAGCCUUCAUGCAUCUGGGACCUGUGGCACCCUAAGUGCUGUGACGAGGUCUUGAUUGGCCCACGCCAUGCCAUCUACAUCCACGCCAUCACUCUCUGCUCCUUCCCAUGCUGUGGCACCUGGUGGGGUCUUCAUGAAGCCUCUGCCAUGAUUUUGGCUGACACUGAGCUAAGUAGAGUGAGGGAGCCAAGAUCUAAGUUAGAGUUCCUAUCCUAAUCAUAAGAAUAAAUUAUUAAUUAUUAUUAUUAUUAUAAGUAAAAUUUAUUGCAUUCUAACUGGGCAUUGGUGCUCAACUCUUGCACUCAUUACUCGUGUAAUGUGUAAUCACACACACCUGCACCCACGAAGUAGCUCUUAUUCCCGUUUCAUAGCUGAGCAAGGUAUGGGGAGGGAGUUCUGGUCAACAGCUGGGAGGGGGUAGAAAGGAGAUCCAGGGCCAGGCAUUGGGUGAUUCCAGCACCUCACUUUCAACCAGUGCACAACACCGAAUCCCAGGCUGGGUGGGGAAAUUCAGCUAUGGAGGAAGCUGUUGAGCAUCUUCCUCAGCUAUCUCUGCAGACACUUUAGAAGGAACUAGCUCUCUCCUCCUCAUAGCCUCAUUGGGUCAAGACUAGGGACUCAUACGAGAUUGGGUGGGGGCAUCUCCCUGUGCCUGGAGUGGAACACAGCAUUCAGUUUCUGACCAAAGUGAUGACUUUACCCAAUCUAAAAUUCCCCGGGGAGAGUGACCCCUACCUGUCAGGGUUAGGUUGUCAGCAGGAACCCGAUAGAACUUAGAACACAAUGAACUCAGAAAAAUAUACGGGGCCAGGAAGUCCACAUUCACACCCUUCCUGUUCUUUUUGUAAAUGGGAAGAACCUCUUUGCAACAUGGUUUCCUCUCGAUUCUGCCUAAAAUUCAGAGUCGAAGGAGCUUGGGGAAAAUUCCACAACCCACACAGCACUGGAUGAGGUUUAGCAAUGCUUGAUUUCUUCACUUUCCCUUCGCCUAACAUUCCUGCUCCCUCCCUGAAGAUGAUCUGUAACCAAUUUUUCAAUGAAUUCUUGGCAGCUUGAUGAAUUUAGAGAGUAUUAUCUUUCCUCAUUGAAUUGUCUCGGCACUUUUGUCAAAAAUCAAUUGACCAUAAAUAUAUGUGUGUAUGUUUUGGAAUUUCAAUUCUAUUCCAUUGACCUAUGUCUGUCCUUACACUAGUACCACACUAUCUUGAUUACUGUAGCUUUGAAAAAAGUUUUACAAUUAGGAAGUAUGAGUCUUCCACGUUUAUUCUUCUUUUUCAAGUGGACUUUUUUUUUUUAACUUUUCUGGGUCCCGUGUAGCUCCAUAUGAAUUAUAGAUCAAUUUGGGGGGGUAUUGAUUGACACCUUAACAAUUUUAAGUCUUCUGAUCCAUGAACAUGGACUAUUUCUCCAUUUAUUCAGGUCUUCGAUUUCUUUAAGCAAUGUUUCGCAGUUUGUAAAAGGCUUGCCCUCCUUUUGUUAAAUUUAUUGCUAAGUGUUUUACUCUUUCUGACAGUAUUGUGAGUGGAAUUGUUUUCUUACUGAUGAAUUUAGAAAGUGUUCUGUUCUCUGGCAUGGUGGGGGUAGGAGGAUUUGAAGUGGUUCAUCAUUGAGUAUUCUUGAUUAAUUAUGAAUGCUUAUCUGUGACAUUUCUGUAUGUUUAACUGUCAAAGAAGCAGAAUAUGGCAAAGUGACUAAAGUCUGACUGAAACCACUGAAUCUCUGAAGAGUGAGAAGGGGCUUCUGGAAUGGCAUUCUGUGUGCCUCCCACAACACUCUGCCUCCCUCCAAUAGCGCUCACAUCACACCGUAUCACAGUGAUCUGUUUAGGCCUGCUUCCCCCACUGCAUCAUGAGUGCAUGAAGAUAAGGACCAUGUCUUACUCUUUUUUUUUGGAUCGUCAGUAUUGAGUAUCAUGCCUGAUAGAUACAUGGUAGAUACUCCAUGCACACUGACCACAUGCCAUGACGUGCUCCAUAAUAGAGUUAUAAUGAACAGACUCAAGAGUUGAUAUACAGGUUGCUGUGGGUUCCAGAAAGGGCAGGCCAAAGCCACCUCCCUGACCCAACUUAACUGGACCAGGACUGGAACCAACAUUCAUCUGGUCCCAUCAGCUUCCUCUCUUACAAAUUUGGAAGUGGUGCACUGAACAGCUGAGUCAGAUAUGUUUGCAGAGCUGAGUCAGGGUGAAUGGAAACCAAAUGCAUGAUUAAUAACAAUAAAAAAAUUUAAAAAAAAAUGCAUGAUUAGGCAUAUGCAGCAACCACAAGGAGGCAGAAAGAAGCCAGUCUGUAGAGAAGGGUGGAAACAGGCCACAGCUCCCGAGAGGGGGCUGCCUUGGGCUCCGGUAGUUCCCUGGAUCUGGUUCCAUUUGUGAAGCCAGGUUGCACUUUAUUUCUGAGAUUUUUCUAAUCUCUCAGAGGUGCCAGCUGGCAGCCCGACAGUGAAACCUGGCCUGUAGUUGAAUUGUAUGGGCUCAUACAUCACUUAAAAGUUUUUGAUCCAACAUACUAAAAUUUGGAAAGUUCAUGUAAAAAGCCAGAUUCCCGUCUUGAAAAUUGGGAGCUCCCACCGUGCAACAAAAUCAGGUAGGGCUGAGCAAUAGCUGCCCCCUUUGGAGGGGUCUAUGCUUCUCACUCUACCACAAUUCUUCCCUCUUCCUGUUGUUCCUUGUACCUCUGUUCCACUCACUUAUGCUCCCUGGCUGUCCCCUGGAGGAAAUUAACUACCGAUCCCAGCCUUAUAAUAAAGCGGCACUUCUUCAUUUGAAUUAACCCGAGUCCAAUUUCUGUUCCUUGUAAUUAAAACAGCCUUGAUGAGAGCUCUGUGCAGGGCUCCUCUUGACCAUCCCCCAUCACCAUUCUUCUUUCUUCAUGCUAACAGAAUCCCAAUUUUGUGUUCAAGAAGCUGUGGGUAUCCCUUGAUCCUGUGGGAAGGAGGCCCUUCCUUCUCCAGCUCUGGGGGAAGACUCAUGCUUUUAGGCUCAGAUCUUUUAGCAAGGAAACUUUUUGUGACUGUUCCUUCCCCAUUCUACUUCCUUUGAAAAAAUCUGAUAUCCAGUACCUUGGCAGCCAUCUUGGGGUCAUGAGGUUUCAUGCAUAGGGUUAAAUGGCCAACAUGCAGAGGAAGGCGGAGAAGAAAAACAAAAAGAAACUGGGUUUUUGAUGACAUUGUUGAGCUGCUGAGCCUUCCUUAGAACAGCCUGAUCCUGGGCUUGUUGUUAAAUGGGCAAUUCAUGUUCAAGUGGGUAAGCUAUUAUUGACUGGUUUUACUGUUGCUUGCAGCUCACUGUUAUCCCAGACUAGUUUACUAGUAGUAACAAGGGAGACUCCUGAUCUCACCCUUCAAGGCUCUCUGUUACUUAACAUUUGCCCAAAAUAAUGAAUAUCCAUAUUCAUUUCAAAGUCCAUCCCUAAGAUACUUUUACGUUAUUGCCAACACAUCUCACUUCUGUGUUCUAAGAACACUCGGAAUAAAGGAAAGAAAGAAACCACAUAGCCUUAGCUACAUUGACUAUCUUUUACCAUUUUCUGACAUCUUUCCUAACGCUGAGAGAAACGGAUGACAUUUCCAUUAAUGGAAACAGGAGCUUUUGGAAAGUUCGAAAUUAGAUAUAAAUGUCUUCUGCUAAAGGCCUUGUAUAUUCUAGAGCUUGGACAACUUUGGUGGCAGCCCUUGUAUCAUUCAAUGAUA